AGCCUAAAGCGUAGGCCCGAUACAGUUCAACUUCGAAAAGGUCCAUUGGGAAGCUCCUCAUGUAUGUUCACCUUUGGAUUUCAAAAUGCACAAAAUAAUUGACAGUGACGAGGAGGAACCCUAAGUAAAAUUAUCUUCAAAUCAAAUUCACGUAAUAUGUUCCAAUCACAGCAAUCUUCAUUAAAGUACUUCCCUCCUCCAACUGACCUCUGUGCUCAUCUGGGUCAGUUGACCUUAACCCAUCUCGACUUUGAACCCCGGCCUCGAUUAUAUGAGGACCCAAAUGCGGCUUCUCCAAGUUGGAUCACUACACCCACUGAUCCCAUUACAUAUGGUACUGCUUCACCGGUAGCGGCUUUGAAUUCUGCUAGUAAGAAUGAUUGGAUGAAGCAAUCUUUGGUGAAUAAUGUAAUAGGAAGCACAAUGAAUCAAAGCAACCUGAUUCAACUACGGCAGUAUGAUGUUUGUAAUGUUGUAUGCAAAACCAAAGAUGGUUGUAAGAGACACCUUAUGGGAAAGAAGCAUCCGAGGAAUUUGCAAGCAAUGAUAAAUCCCGUUACUGCACUAUUUCCAGAAAUUUCUAAUACUAUCAAUAACGUAAGCAUCGUGGACAAAACAGGAAAUGUAGGUGGACAGUUGAUAUUUGGGGCUUCUGGUGUGGCAAAUUUUCAUGAAUUGGAUAGAAAGAAGCAACAACUUUUGAAUGCUGGGGCUCCCGUUGGUUCCAUUCGGAUGUGCACCAUAUGCAAUGUUGCUUGUAAUAGCAAUGAUGCUUUCGUUAAACAUAUUUCCGGAAGAAGACAUGUUGCUCAGCUUUCUAUAAGAGGUGGCAUUCAGUAGGUCCGGGAUGUAAAUCCUAGCAUCUAGAACUGAUAAUCCCCUAUCCACAAGCUACGGCUUUCUUUUACCUGAAAAAAUGUAGAUGUUUUGAGAGUUGUAUACUUCCAUAUAAAUACAAUUAUUUAUUUGUUCAAAUAACCUUUCCUCUUCUUGAACCUGUCCCAUUAUCCAUUUGUUAUCUUUUGUAAGUUUGAUUUCUGUGUUUCGACUUUAUAAGUGUUCAAGUUGUAUGAAUCUUAAUAUGUAUAUAUGUAAUUAUGUAGGUCAGAUUAAUAGCUAUUGACGGGAUCAGACCUUAUCUUGCUGCCAUCCAAGCUAAUUAUCACUUUUGGAAUAAAGGCAAGAAGAUAACUAAGAAUAAGAUCAGUCAACCUACAUGGUGCGAAGUCUGCCAAAUCAACUGUAACAGCAGCGAUGUCUAUGCAAAACACUUGUCUGGGAAAAAACACCUGAAGAACCUUCAGAAUUUGGAAAAAUCAAAGAACAGCACAUGUUAUUCUUCUUCCAUUGACACACCGAUUGCAGCAAAUCUGUUUAAUUGGAGCAGUGGAGAACCCAGCAGCCGAUGGUUGCAGUGGUGCUGAUGCACAAAAAUCGAAAAAGAUGAUUGCACGGUCUGAGGCAGCCAAGGAGGAUUUGGAGACGAAGAAACAGAAAGUGAUGGAGGGUGGAGCAGCCGCCACUGCCAUUAGGGUAUGCGUUUUUUGUAAUGUGGUAUGCAACAGUCAGAAGGUCUUCAAUUAUCAUCUUAGAGGGCAAAAGCAUGCCACCAUGGUAAAGAAGCUAGCCAAUGGCCGAAUACCAACUGUGACACCUCAAACGAGAUAAAGACGGAUAUAGAGAGAGAAUUCAUAGGAUGAUUAUUGCUAUUCACAUGAUUCUUAUUCUGGCCUCCCAACCGGGAAUUAAUCCUUGUCGAAAUUCAGUUUUACAUCUGUUUGCUCCACAUUUGAACUGUUUAAAAAGUUUAUUGGAGCAAAAGAGGCAUAAUUUUGAACUUUUUUUAGAAUGUGAUGAGAAGAAAUGUUUUGGCUAACAUUGAUGAAAUUAGGUUAAGUGGGUUAGCCAAAUUAUUAAAUUAGGUUAAGUGGGUUAGCCAAAUUAUUACUGAAAAGGAUGGAGAAAGCAACCACCUUCCUACUUAAGAGUCAAAUGGAUAAAUUCUUCAUUUUUAUAUUAAA